AUGGGGUCCACUGCGUCCAAGGCUGUCCCAUCAGUCUCUUCCGCUACAGCUCAGCUCCUCCAAGUGCAGGAGAAACAGACCUAUCUCUCUUCCCCCCCACCCUACGUCAGCGACGACGAACCAGUGUGGGCUAGCGUCCCUGUCGACGCGUUGGCGUCUUGGUCAUCCAAAAUUGACAAUGACCCAUCUUUGCAGCUAUCCCGAUUGGUUUUGAGUAACUCGGACCCCGUGCAGACCCUUAUCUCUCGCAAAGCACUUAUCAAGGACGCGAAGGUGUUCAACCUGACUCUCAAAGGUGAAUACCCUGGACCCAGAGUCAAUCAAGCGAGUAGUGGACGAUGUUGGCUCUUUGCAACGACCAAUGUGUUGCGAUACAAUGUUAUUGAGGUAUUGGGUUUGGGCGACUUUCAGCUUUCUCAAAGUUACUUGUUCUUCUAUGAUAAGCUUGAGAAGGCCAAUUACUACCUUGAGAAUGUACUUCAAUUAGUGGAUGAACCCUUGGAGGGCAGGCUCAUGAGUUACCUCAACGCAGCUCCCGUGAAUGAUGGUGGACAGUGGGACAUGGCCGUCAACAUCAUCGAGAAAUACGGUGUCAUCCCUCAGACUCUUUACCCCGAGUCUUGGUCGUCAUCCGCUUCCUCCAGACUUGACUCUCUCCUUACGUCUAAACUUCGCGAAUACGGUCUCAUCCUUCGUGCAGCUUCUCCAGGAGAAGCCAGAAAGUUGAAAUCUCGAAUGAUGUCCGAGGUGUUCACCGCUUUGUCCAUCACCCUCGGUUCUCCACCGAAACCGACGGAGAAGCUCACGUGGGAGUAUAACGACAAAGCUGGCAAAUUCCAUUCCUGGACUGGAACCCCAGUUGAGUUUUACGAUGCAUUCGCGAAAAGGAAAGGGAUGCAGCCGAAAUCGUCGUUCAGUCUCAUCAAUGACCCGAGGAACAGCUACGAAACGUUAUACACUGUGGAAAGAUUGGGAAAUGUCUGGGGAGGCAGACCUGUCCAGUAUGUCAACGCACCCAUCGAAGCUCUCGAAGAUGCAGUCAUCGCAGGUAUCAAAGCGAAUACCCCUCUUUUUUUUGGUUGUGAUGUGGGUAAAUGCUCCAACACCAAAGAAGGUGUGAUGGAUUGCGAGCUGUACAAUCUCAAGCUGGCCUACGGGUUCAACUUGGGUAUGACCAAAGCUCAGCGUCUGGAAUCUGGAGAAAGUUCGAUGACUCACGCUAUGGUGAUCACCGCCGUACAUGUGGAUGAUAACGGCCGUCCUGUAAGGUACAAGGUAGAGAAUUCAUGGUCGGAAAGUGCAGGAGAGAAAGGGUGGUUCAUGAUGACCGCUCAAUGGUUCCGCGAGUAUGUAUAUCAAGUGGUGAUCCCUCGCAGUGUUGCGGACAAGAAAUGGACAGCUGUUUUGGACGGUGGAAAGGCCGUCGUGCUCAAACCUUGGGACCCUAUGGGCUCCUUGGCGUGACUGUGAUCUACACUCGAAAUUUGCUUUCCAUACUUUGGGCCAAUCUUCACGACCGUUUAUUACUGCUACAGUUUUUGGACCUCUACCUCACGUUGUCUUAUUCGAAUUUCAAGUUGUUAAAGAAUGCAUCCUACUACUUCCGGUCUC